AUGUAUCCCUCCCCGUCGCCUUCCCCGGCCCCCUCGCCUCCAGCAUACCUCUACCUCAACUCCCACCACCACCCAUCAGGUAGUCAUGGAGGCGGUCCGCUCUCCCAGCCUGGCGGCCAGGCUUCCGCUCAGAAUCACAACAACGGCUACAACGGCUCCUUCACUCCCGUAGGCCGCUUCCCCUUGCCCAACGCCGCGUGGCCACAACGCUCCCACCAGCAUCCGCACCACUCGCACCAGCAGAACCCCUCGCUCUCCUCCUUGCCAGGCUCCAUCGGUCACUCGAGCGCUGCCUCCAUCUCCGCAGGCGGUCCCUCGUCCCCCGGCUACGCCAACCUCGCCGCGCAUCACCACCACCACCAUGGCGGUCACGGCCCCUCCGGUCUCUCCCACAUGGCCUCCCCCGGCGGCAUCCACUCCUCCGGUCACCUCGGCUCCUCCUCAGCACGCUCCGAUGCAGCCGCAGCCGCAGCAGCCGCAGCCGCAGCUUCCGGUUCGCCGCACUGGCAGCAGCAGAUCCUAAAGGCAGAGAUCUCACGCCAGUCCGCCUCUCCACACCACCACGCACGCGCAGCCGCACUCGCCGCCCGCUCCGCAACCAGCUCCGCCAUCGCCAUCCAAGACCCCAACAAGGGCAUCGUGCCCCCGCAGGUAGCAGCAAACGGCCUCUUUGUCGCAAAGAAAGAGUCGAGCGCAGCCAACGGCGGCGGAGGCGACGGUGACAAGGGAAGCGGCGCAGCCGAUGCAACGCCAGGCACACCCAACGUCACACCCGCCACCACCACCUCAUCACCAACCGCAGCCAAGGACAAGCAGACGUGGUCCACCAUCGACAUGGGCGGCCUCGCGCUCAAGAACAUCGCCAACGAAGUCUACCGCUACUCGUUCCUCACCUCGCUCUUCAUCAACCACAACGCCCUCACCACCAUCUCGUCCGACAUUGUCAAGCUCCGCCACCUCACCGUCCUCGACGCAUCAGGCAACAAGCUCAACGCCGUCCCCGCCGAGCUCGGCAUGCUCACCAGCCUGCGCGAGCUCUUCCUCUUUGACAACAACCUCGUCACGCUGCCGCCCGAGCUCGGCACGCUCCACCAGCUCGAGAUGCUCGGCAUCGAGGGCAACCCGCUCCAGGACAACCUGCGCACGCUCUUCCAGCGCGACGGCACCGCCGCCGUCAUCGCCUACCUCCGCGACUCGUGCCCCGUCCCGCUGCCGCCGCCAGAGCGAGAGUGGAUCAUGAUCGACCCGGACCUGCCGGACCUCGACGCCGAAAAGCACGCGCCCGACGCGCCGCAGGAAUCCUUCAACGUGCUCUCGUACAACAUCCUCUGCGACCGAUACGCCACCGCGCAGAUGUACGGCUACACGCCCUCCUGGGCGCUCACCUGGGACUACCGCAAGGAGUUUAUCCUGCAGGAGGUCAUGUCGUACAGCGCCGACGUGUGCUGCCUGCAAGAGGUCGACAUGGAGCAGUACGAGGACUACUUCCUCCACCACCUCUCGCAGCAGGACUACGAGGGCGUCUUCUACCCCAAGUCGCGCGCGCGCACCAUGCGCGACGAGGAGAAGCGGCGCGUGGACGGAUGCGCCAUCUUCUACAAGGCGACCAAGUACCAGCUCAUCGAGAAGCAGCUCGUCGAGUUCAACCAGAUCGCGCUGCAGCGGCCCGACCUCAAAAAGUCGGAGGACAUGUACAACCGCGUGAUGACCAAGGACAACAUUGCGGUGAUUGCGCUGCUGGAGAACAAGCAGAGCGGCUCGCGGCUGGUGGUGACCAACGUGCACACGCACUGGGAUCCGCAGUUCCGCGACGUCAAGCUCGUCCAGGUGGGCAUGCUCAUGGAGGAGGUCGAAAAGGCCGGGAGUCGGUUUGCCAAGCUGCCGCCCAAGCUGAGUGUGGCCGAGGGCUACCCGCCGGCGCCCAAGUAUACGCACGGUACGCAGAUCCCCACCAUCGUGUGUGGCGACUUCAACUCGGUGCCCGAGACGGGCGUGUACGACUUUUUGGCGAGCAGCAGUGUGCCGGGUGAUCACGAGGAUUUCAUGGACCAUGUCUAUGGCAACUACACCGCGCACGGGCUGCAGCACAACUAUCGACUCGAGUCGUCGUAUGCGCCCAUUGGCGAGCUGACGUUCACCAACUACACGCCCGGAUACGAGGGUGGGAUCGACUAUAUUUUCUACUCGAAGAACUCGCUGAGUGUGACGGGCGUGUUGGGCGAGGUGGACAAGCAGUACCUCUCCAAGGUGGUCGGCUUCCCCAAUGCGCAUUUCCCCAGCGACCAUAUCUGCAUCAUGGGCGAGUACAAGGUGAAGCGCCUCGAGCAUGUGCAGCCGUCCAGCACGGCGCGCGAGGUCCAUCAUCCUUCGUCCGGUCCUGCUGCCAGGAGGUGA